CCAACUCGAAUCAACAGACUAGUGUUUCAUUUCGCGCUUUAGUCAAUAACAGGCUACAAAUGCUGUAGUUCGUACGAAAACUGCAGGCUAGUUUGCAAAAAAUGAGUUUUUCCAAAGUUUAGUCAGUUCGCCGUCCUGAGCGCCAAAACGCUGCGAAUCGAGCUCGCUGAGCAGAAACUCCCGCUUCUAACGCGCUACAAAAGCGUUUGUCUGAACGGGGGCCCUGACCAUCUGCCCCCGUCUGAAGCGGAGGCCACACCGCGCCGUUUCCGCGGGGCUUUUUUUGUGGCUAGCUGCACCUUUUGCGCAACGCCCGUGUCGUUUGGGAAGGAGCCCUGGGUGCACAAAGGCAGCCUCCUCUCCGAGAGGGCAGCGCCAGAGAGGCGAGUCACACACACACACGCACACACUCACGCACGCACUUACACACGCACACACACAGAGAGGCUCUACAUCCACUCGGCUAAUCCUCCACCCUCGCUGCGGAGUCGUCUCUGCCCAGGCCCGGGCCCUGCUGGCUUAUUUGGAACAAAGGUCUGAGAGAUGGAGGAAAGUGCCACUGAAGUGAACAUGACCAACGACAAGUGCUGUCAGACUGAAACACUGCAGCACUGCUGUUGCCAGCCAGCUGCAUCCCAUCAAGAGGAUUCUGAACAACCCCAAGUGCGUACUUUUGAGCCAGGAGACCCACCUCUACUUCAGCAGCAGCUCCAGACUUCCAAGUCAGGAAUUCAGCAAAUUAUUGAGUGCUUUCGCACAGGUACAACCCAGCUCAGACACAUGUUGUUGAAGGAAGUUGAUACCAUCUUUGAGUGCAAACUCUGCCGAAGCCUUUUUCGUGGGCUGCCCAAUUUGGUGACACACAAAGAGUUUUACUGCUUUUCUGCACGUCCUGAGCAAGAGGACUCUUCACAACGAAAUAGCCAGAACCAGGCUAUCAAAGACCUUCUAGAGGCAAUUUAUCCAAGGGACAAAGAAGAGCAUGUGAUUCAAUUAGAAGCAAUAGAGACCAACCCCAACGCUGUGUUCCAACACCUGUCUGUUGAUGAGAUGUUUGAAGAGGAAAAUAUAACCUCAUCCAUCAAUCCAUUGCAACACAGCUCAGUAGUGCAGAAACAUAAUCGGCGCAAGCCUAUUGUAGCCCCAAAAAAGGUUGAACAGCAUGACAUGGAGGAUGACAUGGAUACAGCACUUGAUACAUCUCCAGAGAGAGAAGGUCCAAAAUCCCAAGAAAUAGGGAACAAUGAACAGUGUGAGAGGGAGGAAGAUGAAGAGGAGACCACCUCUGAGAUGAAGGAAACCAGGAUAUCCUGUUGCCUUUGUCGAAAGGACUUCAGUUCAAGGCGCAGUGUGCGCCGCCACUGCCGUAAGAUGCAUGGACAGAAGCUAGAGGAGUUGCGCAAGUUCACAGAGACACGCACGGUGCCCAUCAGUUUGCUGUCUAUGGUGAAGACCAAGCGUACAGAGGACCCUGCACCAUCUGUCAGCAAGAGCUGCCCAGUGUGCCAGAAAUCCUUUGCUACCAAGGCUAAUGUCCGUCGCCACUUUGAUGAGGUCCACCGGGGCUUGAAGCGAGACUGCAUUACACCUGACAUUGCCACUCGGCCUGGUCAGCCCCUUUCACUUGAGGUUUCAGCUCUUUCCCCAAAACAACCGAGCUCUUCUACAAAGCCAGACCAGCAAGAGUAUGGCUUAUCAACCUGUCGUUGCAGGCUGUGCAAAAGGAAGUACAGUUCUGAGGUAAUGCUGAGGAGACAUAUGCGCAUUGUCCAUAAGGUUCAUACAUUAGAAAAUGGAUCUUCUGCCAGUCGCGCCCUCUUUACAAGGAAAGCCAAAACAAAACCUGAACCCGAAGAUGCAGACUGUUCUGUAAAAUGUGCCCUUCCUUCGAGUCCUUCCCCUUCAAAUGAUAGUGACAAGAGUGCUGCGUCCUCUGCAUCAAAGAGUAAAGUCACAGAGAGCAGUGGAAGUAUCACAGUGAGCUUUGACUUUAAACGGAUCUAUUGCUGGCUGUGCAAGCGGCAGUUCAGCUCCAGUCAGAACCUGACCAAGCACAUCACUGAGCUACACAUGGAUGGGAAUGACAGCAUCUACAUCAAGUUUUACGCCUGUCCAAUCUGCAGAUAUGAGUCGCGGCGAAAGCGGGACGUCAUCCGUCACAUUACUGUGGUUCACAAGAAGUCCUCCCGCUACCUGGCGAAGAUCAUGCCAGCCUUGGAGAGUCGGGCAGUGAAGAAGCCAGCAGAGGUUGUGCUAAAUAGCACUGCCAAGAGGACAACUUUAAAGGAGGAAGCCUCUGGGAAGCACCACGUUUCAAUACCCAGCACACUUACACCAGAGCCUGCAGUUCCACCUAAAACAAGUCAGCAAGAGACCCCCGGAUUGAAAGUUGAACCAUCAGUCUCCCCAAACGCUCGUAAGAGUUCUGCCCUCACAUCUCUGAACACAGGGAAGCAAGAACCUUCACAGCUCCCCAAAGUAAGUAAACCAGAGAAGAAGCCCCAAGAGCCAAAGAAUCCACACAAUACUCGCAGUCACAACCCUACUAGAGGACCUCCUGUCACUAGAAGCCAAGAAUCUUGUACAGAGGUGAGGGUUACAAAGAACUUCUCCCUGCAUGGAUGCGACAUGUGUGGUCGGGCGUUUGCCAAAAAAGUUUUCCUUGAGACACACAGGCGAAGCCACAGGACCAGUAUCCCUCCCCCAGCAAAGGCCACAAAGAUACAGGGAAGGAGUACUCGGUCAAAAGCGCUGAUAUGAUUGUUUUCUUCUGCCACUACAUUGCACAUUCUCACUGGACUGUCCUAUAUAUGAGUCUUCAACAAAUAAAAUGCAGCGAUGUUGGAAUGGAAAGCUUUAACAGAAGGAGGAUCACUAUUAAAUGGAAGGAUUAAAUACAAAUCCUGAGGAAAGAACACCUCCACCAAGUGUUUGUUUUCAGUUUUGUACUGCAGAGGGCGCUGUGACCAAACAAAUGAUCUCCAGGAACAAUCCUUUAACAUGAAAGUUAUCACUGGGUAGGAAUGAGUUACAUUUACUAGAUUACAUGUACUUAUGAAUUCGAAAGAAUAUGUACAUUGAGUAUUGUGACAAUACUUUUUACUUUUACUGAAGUAUAUUUGUGAAGAAUAUACUUUUUAAUUAGACAUAAGGUCACUCACCUCUAGAAGCUUUUUUUAUCUUUUUGUGUUUAUCGCUAUUUGUUGCUGACUGCGUCUUCAUUGUCGGUCACAUCUCAGCUUUAACUGUAGACCAGUAGUCUUUCAAAAAGAACGAUUUCAAAUAAAGACAUCAGUUUUGAAAUCAGUAAAUGCCUUUUUGUCCUGUGGAGUUGCAGUUCUGUUGAUGGCUCUGAAUAAUAUUGAUCAUCUAAAUCAGAGAAACUUGGUGCUGGAAUAGUUGGGUAACAUCUUGUUUGACUGGCUAUCUUAUGGGUUUUUUUUUUUUUUUUUAACUCGCUCUACUUCUUUUUGGAGAGCUGUUUGAGUUGUUUUUAAGUAACAGUAUAACAGCUACUGUACCUUGAUUGUGAUUUUUGACUAGUCAGCCCAUCUCUGACUGCUAUAAAAAUCUAGAUGAAAUUUGAUAUUUGUGAACUGCUCUGUUAAGAAAAAUAAAAUUUGUAAAUUCUGAUGA